CAGUGACGACCACCAUGCCAGGCCGCGUUGUUGACCGUUCCUCAAUUCUACAGAAAAUGGCCUCCGAAAUCCGCAAAAUCUUUGAUCAAGCCCAAGGAAAUGUCCACACUCAUCAAAAGAACAUUAUCGCUCUUCACAAAAUCCAUGCUCAGGCUGUUUCAUUAACGGAACCUCAUGUAAACAGCAGAGGCGAGGCAGGGACAAGGGUAUUUGGAGAAAAGGCGUUCAAGAAUGAGAUUCUUUUUAUGUUGUGUAAGGUUAUGGGAGUGAAGAAGGGCGCCGCACCCGCCGAUAGGAUUGUGAAGUUUGUGGGUGGUUACAUACAAUACAUGAACGCCAAAGCUGCCAACUCUCUGUCUGAAGACGACGAAGAAGAAGACGAAGUGGCCUUGAUGAACAUGGACACCGCCGCGUCUCGAUUUACAGAGAGCAUCGUCAAGUACCUGAUAGACAACGGUUUUCUUGCCAAGGAUAAGACAGUCCGAUAUCGCGCAGCUCAAAUAUGUGCUGAAAUCGUAUCUGGUUUGGGUGAAAUUGAUCAAGACCUAUAUGAUGAACUGCAAGGAGCGCUCCAACAGCGAAUCACCGACAAAGAGACUAGUGUUCGGGUGCAGGCAGGAAUAGCACUGUGCAAGUUUGCUCGCACGGAAGAUCCUGAAGAUGGGAAACUUCUGGAAAUGAUGAUUGAAAGCUUGGCUCACGACGACGCAGCGGAAGUGCGGCGGGCGAUCUUAAUGAACAUCCCUAUCACGAAGGUCUCUUUGUGCGCCGUUCUCGAUCGUACCAAAGACACAGACACCUCCAUUCGCAAAUUGGUCUACUCUCAUGUCCUCACGAGGGAUAUCGGCGAAACACACCCGGAGAGAUUCAGCAUCUCCCAGAGGGAACUGAUAUGCCGCAACGGACUUGGCGAUAGAGACGAAGGCGUGAAGGCUGCAGCUGCCGACCUUCUCGCACUGUGGUUGGAUGUAUCAAGUGACGCCAAAAGUGAAGAAGGAACUGAUGAAGUCGAUCGACUUGCAGAGCUGCUGAAAAAGUUCGAUCUGGGGGAGGCGAAAGUGGCAAAUGACGUUCUUUUGAACCUCUUUCGCGAAAGAGCGGAAAUUUUUCAGGGCAUCAAGAUUGACGCGUCAUUUUGGGACUCGUUGACGCCCGAGAGAAUGUUUUUGGUUCAAGUCUUCGUUCAGUAUUGCAAGAGCAGCAAGGAUAUCAAAGACCACAACCGCUUGGACGAUGCCCUUCCUGAAGUCACUGCGCUCGCUUUCAGGAUCCAGGACGCUUAUCAUCGCUUGUUCACACUUAUACGUGACGAAGAAGUUGGGUAUAUUGAUCGUGCACCGGAUAAUGAGGGGCGUGAAGAUGAAAGAGAUGCUUGCGAGGUGAUACUUGAGGAAAUGCUCAAACUCGCAGUCAAUUUAGACUAUCAGGACGAGAUGGGACGCAGGAAAAUGCAUACUCUCAUUGCGGGUCUUCUCAAAGAAGAGGGCCUCCCCGACAAGCAUGUUGCGCGAUGCCUGGAUGUAUUGGCUACAAUAUCGUCAUCGGAGGGCGAUCUUAUCCGUCGGGUCGUGGAGAUCAUUCAAGACAUACAAGAUCCGCCCACAGAAGACGAAGAAGUGCCGAUUACAGAAUCGGAUCCCGAUGCGAACUCUGAUCAACCACCAUCAACCCGAACGAGAUCGCGCGAGGACAUGACACCCGCAGAGCAAGAACGCCACGAUGCUAUGACGUUGACAUGCUUGACUCUUCUUCAAGGAUGUUUAGAACGUGUCGAAAAGGCCCUGGAACACAAUCCCUCUCUGGAUGGGCUCAUCAUGAGUUUGGUUAUCCCUUGCGUUAGUCGCCAAGAACUUGCCUUUAGGGAGAAGGGAAUAAUUUGUCUCGGAUUGAUAUGUUGUAUUUCCAAGCGAAUGGCCAAAAAGUCGAUACCACUAUUUCGCGACAAUUUCAAGACGUCGUCAGAAGAAGUCAAGAUUGUUAUGUUACAAGGCCUUUUUGAUUUGUUGAUGGUCUACAAGCGCGAAAUAAUUUUGGAUGGAGAUCCACAUGGUGCUGAAAAGUAUGCCAGGUUCUUUAGUGAUAUGCUUGACCGGGAAGAGUCCCCAAGAAUACAAGCGUUGAUUUGCACGGGUUUAGCAAAACUUAUGCUCAGCGGAAUUCUGGUCGACGACAUGAUUCUCAAAGACUUGGUUCUUUCAUAUUUCUCCCCAUAUACAGCAAAUAACCAUCCUCUUCGGCAAUGUUUGGAUUACUUUAUGCGCUGUUUCUGUUAUUCAAGUCAAGACAGCCAGGCGUUAAUGCAAUCAAUUGUCGUCCAAACUCUUGCGAAUCUCUGCGAAGUCGAAUGCCACGACAAAGAUGAAGAUGAAGAAAUGGUCUCCUCGGUCAAGAUCGGCGAGAUACUCCUUGUAUGGACCAAUCCUGAGUACAUAUACGGGGGCAAGGGUGACCCGUGUAUUCAGUUCGAGAUGGCACUUCAGUUUGCCAGAGUAUUGUCAGAUUCGAAGUUCGUGUUCAAGUCAGCGUCAGAUUCAGGGGAGAUCGAACUCUUCUCCAGGAAACGUACUGAGGACGAAAAACAAAUUUUGUUGCAACUGCUUCAUAAAGCACUGUUCCAGCUCCUUCCAAAACUUCACCUCCCCGAUGCUGUUGAUGACGACAAGGUAAAGGAGCUGAAAGUCAAGAUGGAUAUUAUACAUGCUCGUCGACCACCCCGUGAAACGUCAGCCAAGAACGCGUUGAACAAGUUUGUAAAUACUCUAGCCAAGAAAUAUGAAGAACAGCUCAAGGAUUUCGAUGAGGAGGAUUGGCUGAAUAUGACAAAAAACCAAUUGAUUCUCGACGAGGUGAACGCCAUCUUCCCGGAUGACGACGAGGAUCCGCCUGCCGAGAAAAAAGGAAGGAAGAGACGAUCCAUGAGUGUUGUAUCCACCGCGACGGAUGGAGAAGAGGUUUCAAACAGGACGGGCAAGGGCCAAGCCAGACCAAAGAAACGUCGGGUGUCAACCUCGGACGAUGAGGAAAGCUACGAUGGUAACACUGAACGGGGUGGUAGCACCCCACCCGCAUCCAGUGCACCUACGAGAACGAUGCCCAAACGAGCUGCGACCAGAAGACCGGUCCUUGAACCCACCCUCAGUCGUUUAGAGUUUGAGGAGGAGGAAGAGGAAGAGGAAGCAGCGACACCUAGACUUAGUAACCGGACAAGUGGUACCAGCCAGCGGAAUUCAUCUGCCACGACUACAGUGAAUGAUUCUCUCUUUGAUGACGACGAGGAAGAAGAGGAUGAAGUUAGUAUCUUGCUUGCUGAAGGUUAG